UUUGCUUUGAACCAGAAAAAGAGAGAGAGAGAUUAGAAAGGUACAAAGUUCCCAGAUUCGGAGUCGUUUGCACAUAAAUGUCUUUAACACCCUGAAAACUCCGAGCUGAUUAAUUCUCCAGUCUCACUGCUGAUACUGCUGAGUCAGAUGAGACUGGUGUGUAGUUCGUGGCGCAGUUUGAGGAGACUUAGUCAUGUGUUUUGUGUAGGCUCAGGCACACGCACCCUCACCUCAGCCAGCAUGCGCCUGGUCCAGUUUUGCAGAAGGGGAGCCGAGGGAGGCGUGAGGGUCGGUGUGGAGAGAGACAGCGGCGUGGUCGACCUGAAGGCGUUUGAUCAGUCCGUGCCGUCCACCAUGAGGGAGUUCUUGGAACUGGGAGAGAAGGGCAUUGAGUGCGCUCAGAGAGCCGUGUCCAGUGGCAAGUGUGUGCUCCCUCACUCCGAUAUCCAGCUCCUGUCUCCGGUCACCGGCCCGGACAAGGUGGUGUGUGUGGGUAUGAACUACAGAGACCACUGCCUGGAGCAGAACGCCCCAAUCCCUACCGAGCCCAUCAUCUUCAGCAAGUUCCCCUCCUCCAUCACGGGUCCCUACGACGACAUCCACCUGCCAGACGAGAGCCAGGAGGUGGACUGGGAAGUGGAGCUUGCAUUUGUGAUUGGAAAAAAAGGAAAACACAUAAAGGAGGAAGACGCUCUCAGUCACGUCGCUGGCUUCACCGUAGCCAAUGACGUCAGCGCUCGUGACUGGCAGAUGAAGAAGAACGGCAAACAGUGGCUUCUGGGAAAAACCUUUGACACUUUCUGUCCACUAGGGCCUGCCCUUGUUACCACAGGAACGCUGAAGGACGUCCACAGUCUGGGGAUCCGUUGCCUGGUUAACGGUGAUGUGGUCCAGGAGAGCAACACCAAUCAGUUAAUCUUUAAGACGGAGAAGCUGGUGGCGUGGGUCUCGCAGUUUGUGACUCUCUUCCCGGGCGACGUGUUUCUAACAGGCACGCCUCCAGGAGUGGGCGUGUUCAGGAAACCUCCUGUCUUUCUAAAAAAAGGAGACGUCGUGGAGUGUCAGGUCGAGGAGAUCGGGUCCAUCCGAAACAAAGUGGUGUGACUCCAACACGGCCGACCGACUUGAUCCGAGCUACGUAGAUUCUGACGAUUAUGAUGAAAA